GUAUGUAUGUAUAUAUAUCUCUGGAUACAAUGGGCAAACCAUUGGCAGGGAAGAGGAAAGAGCAGCGUCUUUCAUCAGAGUUUAGAUCAAUCGCGAAGCGCAACGCUAGGCCAGGCGACGACAUGGGCCGUUGGUUGAAGCCAGAUGUUUACCCGCUGAUCGGCGCGAUGUCGCUGGUGACGGGGAUGUGCGUCUUCCAGCUCACCCGGAACGUCUUCCUCAACCCAGACGUCAGGGUGAGCAAGAGCAACCGGCAGAGCGCGGUGCUGGAGAACGCGGAGGAGGGCGAGAGGUACAGCCAGCACGCCUUCCGCCGCUUCGUCAGCGCGCACCGCCCGGAGGUCUUCCCUGCCAUCAACCGCUUCUUCUCAGGGUUCAGCGCCAAGUGAUGAUGGGUUCCAUCGAACCGGCCGGCCGGGUGCAGUGCUUCUGUGUGUACGUGUGUCGCGUGUGGAUAUGUUAGUGAUUGUGUCAUUAGCGUGGAGGCGUCCCAUGGAUAUGUACCAGACAUGCCUCAAGUGAAUAAAUGGUUUGGGCAAAUAUAAGAGCAACUCUAGAAGAGCUGAACAAGCCAUAAUUUGAAUCGUGACCCGCUGGCUAUAUGGAGUGCGCUUCAUAAUACUUUGAAGGCUGACAGGCCUCUGCGCAAAAUACAAAAUCGCCGAACGGCAGCCAUCAUCGUC